AUGAUAACGUCGAAGUUGCUACGGACACCUGCCAAAGUUUUGAAGAAGAUGGCGACGAUGACAGAAGCGAAUUUGUGUCGAAAAUUGGUGAAUUUCGAGACGGAAAAUGGAAGAAAAAUCGAAUUGGAAGCGGUUUAUGAGGACUCUUUAACAUCCGGAUCUCCAUUGGGUACUGUAGUUGGAUUCCACGGAUCUCCUGGAUCUCACAACGACUUCAAGUAUGUUCGAAACAGACUUGAUGAACUGAACAUCAGAUUCAUUGGUGUUAAUUAUCCAGGAUUUACUUUUACCGAUGGCUACUCAUCUCAAGAACACACAAAUAUUGAACGUCAAAACUUCUCGAAUUCGCUGUUGGAUGAAUUAGCGAUCGAUGGAAAGAUUGCUUAUAUCGGACAUAGUCGUGGAUGUGAGAAUGCUCUCCAGACAGUAGUCACACGUUCUGGAUAUGGACUUGUUAUGAUAAAUCCGAUUGGGUUGAGAAUUCAUAAAGGAAUCAAUCCGAUUUCUCGAAUGGAAGCAAUCGAUACACUGUACAGUUGGUUACCAAGUUUCGCUGGAAAUGCGAUGAUGUUAGGACUGUACAAACUUGUUGGAUUCAAAAUUCAAAAUGGAGAAGAGGCGAUUAAUUCGAUGAGAUCAAUGAUGAAAGUCUCUUUGGGAGGACAAUUGGAAUAUAUCGAAAAGAUGAAUAAAAUGGGUGUCAAGAAGCUGAUCGUAUUCGCUGGAAAAGAUCAUUUAGUGGAAGAAGAAAUCAUCUUCGAGUCGCUGGAAAAACACGAGGGAUUGCAACAUUUCAAUAUUGAGGACAAGAUAUCUGAUGAAGAGAAGCAGAAAAUCAUGGAUUCAUUCGGUGGAUCUCAACGUGGAGCAUCAGUUUUCGUGGCGAAAGAUAAUCAUUUCCAGAAUAAAUCACAGGCGGUUUUGGUGGCAGAUGCGUGUAAAGCAAUGUUUGAAGCAGAUGAUGAUGAGACGGUUAAGAAUAAAUUAUAA